UUUGCUCUCCCCUUCUCUUUCCUCUCCUCUACGCCGCAAGAUUCUCUUCUCAAAACCCUCACUAGAUUCAGUUGCGAAACCUCUCUUUCCUCCCCCCCCUCUCUCUCCUUUCUUCUUUCCGUCCCUUUAGGGUUUCGAUGAAUUGAUCGUUCGCCAUGGCGGAGAUGUCAAUACUUCUCGAGAUCUUCCAAGAAGACAAGGUGCCGAAGGAUCUUGCCCAGAGAUUACGCUCCGAUUCUAUCAGACCGUGCCUGGAGAGGUUCCUCUCGAUCCUCGAGGUCGGAAUCGGGGACGCUGGUGGCGGCCUGCCGGGUUUUGAGAGCUGGAGUCGGUCCCAGAUCGAAGCCGUGGUCUCGGUGGCCAGGCUGAUCGUUUUGGCUAUACGCUCCACUUCCGUUCCUGAGCAUGUGGAGUCGGUGGUAGUGGUGAUCUUGGAGAAGUCGUUGGAGUUCUGCAUCGUUUUUCUCGAGAAAUCGCCUUUUGAAGGCGAUGAUUUCAGCUUGCAGAAUAUUGUAGCGCAGUUCUUGCAAUCGGUACUAGCUGAUGGAAUUAUCAAAGAAUAUCCUUAUCCUGUAAAUAGCUAUGUAGAGCAAUUGUCAAGUAUUCCAGUUAAUCAUGCCAGUGUGGAAUUGGGCAAUAAUCCUAUAUGCAGUCUGCAAGUUUUUCACUGCUUGAAGGAUGUGAAUAUGGUGGAAAGUCUACUGGUAACUUCUGAGGUUUUCCAAUCAGAUAACAUUGUCGCGGAAUUACAUGAUUCACUCCGCCCAGAGGCUUCAGAUUGCACAAUGCUCCUAGCACAACACAUAGCAGUUGUUCACUUGAAAUGCUUACCUCGUCUCCUUAUGCUAUGUAAAAAAAUGCUUUGGCCUCCAAUUUCUUUUGAUGAACAGACGGAGGAUGUAAAUUUCAGCUUGAUAUUGUCUUUCAGUCAAAAAUUUUUGAACUUAGUCCGAAAUCUUGCCCGGGAAACCCCUCAUGAUGUUCGCGAUGCUGAGUUGUUAUGUGCAGUUGUGAGCUGUGCCGAUACACUGCCAACCUUGUUUAGAUCGAAGUUUGACUUUAUUAACUAUGACUUGGCGACUGCUGGAAAUGAAAUAGGGAGCCUCUUAUUACAAAUUUUGGAAGAAUUUCUACAGUUUGUCCAACUUGUCUUCUAUGAUGGCAAUAUAUUUCUAAAUAUCCAGACAUGCAUAGUUGCUUCCAUGAUGGACAUUUUAGAUUCCAAGGUCUGGAGAUAUGAUGGUGCAUGCUCUUCGCCAAGACCCCCAUUAGUUUACUGCCCUCAAAUUGUUCUCUUUGUGUUAAAGCUUCUCAAGGAUGCUAAAAAUUGGAAAUCUCGAACUCAUAACCUGAAGGAAGAGUCAGAUUUAUCUGAUUAUUUGUGUAAAUCUGAGAUAAAUGUUCCAGUAUGCCAUGUUCGCUCUGAGCAGGUUUUCAUGCUUAGAAAGUAUACUUGGGAAGAGUAUUUGUCAUUGAUAUUUCCAAAGUCAGAACAAUGGAUAGAUGGCUUAAUACAUCUAGCCUAUUUCCUCCACUUGGAAGGGGUUAAAUCAAGGUCAAUGGCUGAUAAAUCACGUUUAAGUUGCGCAAAGCCUGCUAUCGCAUCGGAUCAGGAGUGUGCUGUUAGUCAUGAAGAUGAAGCUAUUUUUGGGGAUCUUUUCUCUGAAUCUAGCCGAUCUGCAGCUACUGGUGAUGGACUUGAUCAGCCAGCUGCUGUGGCUACUGGUACGUCGAGCAGUCCCCACUUGCCUAUCCAAGCAGCAACUGAAUUGCUGAACUUUCUGAAGUUGUGUGUCUUUUCUCCAGAGUGGCAUCAUACUGUAUAUAAAGAUGCUUGCAGAAAAGUUGAUGCAGGUCAUAUAAAUCAACUACUUUCCAUUCUUAAUUGCCAAUCCUGUUUUUCUGGUGAAAGGAAAUCUGAGAACGCCGCCUUGCAUUCGCAGACAACUUUUCUGGAUAUCAAUGAUAUCUGCUUUGAACUCUUGCGUGAUCUUAUAGUUCAUCAUGCUUUAUCAACAUCUCUUAAAGAACACCUUGUUGAUCAAGUGCUGAAGGUUGAAAAUGGAAUGUAUGUCUAUAAUCAUUAUACUCUUACUCUGCUAGCUCAUGUUCUUAUUUCCAGGGCAGAUUUGGAUGGGGGUCUGACAAUUAAAAUCUAUGAGGAAUAUAUUAAUUUUGUUCUGGAGAAAGCAAGGACUAUUUGUUGCAGAUGUCCUGAGCCCAGUGAUUUCUUCAGUACUCUCCCUUGUGCUUUUCACUUGGAAAUUCUGCUGAUGGCCUUCCAUCUAUCAAAUGAAGCUGAAAAAAUUACGCUGGCAAAUUCUGUGCUUUCCUCGAUCAAAACGAUAGAUGCUCAUCCAGCUGGUUUUACUGCAAAGCAACUUUUUUGCUGGGCUCUACUAGUUUCACGGUUGCUUUUAGUGUUACGGCAUAUGGUAAUGUACCCAUCUACUUGCCCACCAUGGUUGCUUUUGCGGUUGAGAACUAGAUUGAGGGAAACUCCUCAUAAAACAUGUCAUCCUUAUUUAUUAAAUGACCAGUUGUCAUCCUGGGCGUCAACUGUGGUAGAAAGCAUUCUACGUGAUUCUAUCAAAGAUGUUUCAGUUAGUUGCUUGCUUCCUCAGCUUAUUGAUGUUACCCCCCAUCCUUCUGUAAUAUGCGGUGACAACUCUGCCUUCCAGCGAUUAGCCUUGAACUGGGAUGAUUUGUUUACUACUUUUUCAUGGAUUCUUGGUUUCUGGAAAGGGAAAAAGGCUGAAGCAGUGGAACAGCUAAUACUUGAAAGAUAUAUCUUUUCGCUUUGCUUGGGUACUGUUUCUUGUAUCUAUUCUGGUUUGAGUUGCACACUUCUUGAGGGAAACGGUUGGCUGAAUCUUGACUUUUCAGAUAUGGAUUCAUUCUUAAAAUUUGCUCUUGUUGUGGUGAAUGACAGUUCUGUGGUUUGCAAGGAUGCUGAUUUUUCAAUUGUGGUUUUUAAUCUGCUUCAGCAGUUACACUCUGAGCAAUUACCAGAUAUGACUACACUACAAGGUUGGGAUUUUCUGAGGAAGGGUGCAUGGCUUUCCUUUGUUCUCUCUCUUAUAUAUGCUGGUAUUUGGAGAUAUUCUGUGAGAUGUGCAGUUCCUGGAGUUGAGUCUUACUGGAUCCAGGAUGCCAAGGAUGGUGAGUUUUUUAAACUGGGUGAAGGCAUAAUUCUGAACAUAGUUCAGGGAAACAAAAGUGGAAGAUUUUUGUAUUUGCUAGUUUCUAUUUUGAAAAUGAACUUGCAAGUUCUUCAGGAAGCAUUUGUUUCUAUACUCAAUCAUGGUCACCAUCUUUCAGAUGGAUUCUCUCCUCUUAUAUUGCUUAGACAUACUGGGUUAGACAAAUGCAAACAAGAUAUUCUGAUUGAGAAGACUGGUUGCAAUGUUAUGCAGCUGGAAAUGAUAUAUGGCCUCUUGUUGAAGUUGGAUGAAAUUUCUUUGAAAGAGGAUACAAGAAAUACAAGUCAUAUUUUUUUGAGGUGCUUGUUUCAUGGUUUUCCAUCACAUUCAGAUUCUCGCAGUGGUGUUCUUCUUUCUUGCAUUCUUACUAUAAAAGAGGUUAUUUGUGCUCUAGAUGGGUAUCUCAAAGUCAAAGAUGCAGAAGGAAGAGUUCAGUUAGAGACUGAGGUCAUUUGCCAGCUUCUUGAUACAGUUAUGGCGAUAAAAUCUGAUAGGAUUUUCCAAUGCAUCAAUGAGAAAUGUAAAUCUAUAUAUGCUAGUUUGGUUGUUCAUCAUAAAGAAUUGGAAGACUACAGUGAUUUGUUUGUCUUGAAGCAGUUGGAAGGUUUUUUGGCAGAUGCUAGUUCUAGAGAGGUAGUUGAUAGUGGUCUACUGGAAAUACUAAUUUCCAGUGUUGUUGAUUUUAUCGAAUGCCUUCGAAAAGAUGAUUCCAAAGCAGAAAUCUAUAAAUUUUAUCUGGGUUCUAAUAAUGUGUCAGAGGAAGCCAAGGAAAUUUUCAGUGGGCAAUGUGGUAAUCUGCUGGUUCUCAUCAAUGCAUUGAAUAAGUGCCAUUCUGAGACAGUCAAUAUGAAGGUACUAAAUUUAUUUGUUGAUCUUCUAGCUAGUGGACUUUGCCCUGGUCUCCAUGAGAAACUACAGAAAACUUUUCUUGGGAUGGACUUGUUUUGCCUAUCACAUUGGCUAGAAAAUAGGCUCUUAGGAUGCACAGUAGAGUCCACUGGGGGAAGCAUUACUGCAAAAGGAGGUUCCACUGCACUCAGAGAGUCGACCAUGGAUUUUAUUAUGCGUCUUGUAUCCCAACCAUGUGAAAUGUCUACAGAACUCCAGGGUCGACUAACUGAAGCCAUGCUUAUGUCGCUUGAUUGUGCAUUUAUGUUGUGUGAUAUUCAAACUGCUAAAGCUUAUUUCAAUUUUGUACUUCAACUUUUAAAUGGCGAGCCCUCAAUGGAGCAACUUUUGGAAAAGACUGUAAUGUUAAUGGAGAAACUUGUUGAUAGUGAGAAUUUGCUACAUGGACUGAAAUUCCUAUUUGGCUUUGUUGGGGCUGUAUUGGGUGGUUUUGGAGCUAAUAAGAAUGCUUCAGAUAAGCUCUCAUCAAAACUUUGCUUGAGUAAUAGUUUUGGGUCAGGAUCUGAAGCAUCCAAACCAGUUAACUCAAGAAAAAAUUCGGAGAAUUUGGUUCUACCAGCUAAUCAGGAAGGUAGUUCUGCACAGAUUGAUUGUGAUGCAACUUCUGCAGAUGAAGAUGAAGAUGAUGGCACAUCUGAUGGGGAGUUGGGUAGUGUGGACAAGGAUGAAGAGGAGGAUAGCAAUAGUGAAAGGGCAUUGGCCUCUAAAAUAUGCACAUUUACAUCUAGUGGCAGUAAUUUCAUGGAGCAACAUUGGUAUUUCUGCUAUACUUGUGAUUUAACUGUCUCUAAGGGCUGCUGUUCCAUAUGUGCCAAGGUUUGCCACCGAGGCCAUCGUGUUGUCUAUUCUCGAUCAAGUCGAUUCUUUUGUGAUUGUGGGGCUGGGGGUGUCAGGGGAAGCAGUUGCCAGUGUUUGAAGCCUCGAAAAUUUACUGGAAGCAACAAUUUACCAGUUCACAAUACCAAUAAUUUUCCGUCCUUUUUACCCUUCUCUGAAGAUGGUGACCAGGCAGCAGACAGUGAUUCGGAUUUGGAUGAUGAUGUUUGUGUGGAUAUGGGCAGUUGCUUCAAGUUAUCAGUCCCCAGAGAUGUACAAGAUGGACUACCUGUUAUACUUGAAAAACUUGAUAUGGAAGGUCGUUUGCUUGAACUAUGUAACAGAAUGCUUCCCACAGUAAUCAACCGUAGAGAAUCAAACCUUUUAAAAGAUAAGAAGGUAAUUCUGGGUGAUGAUAAGUUAUUGUCCUGCAGUGUCGAUCUUUUUCAACUGAAGAAGGCUUUCAAAAGUGGAUCAUUGGACCUGAAGAUAAAGGCAGAUUAUCCAAACUCCAGGGAACUCAAAUCACAUCUGGCUAGUGGUUCUCUCACCAAAUCCUUACUUAGUGUCAGUGCUCGAGGUAGGCUUGCUGCUGGUGAAGGAGAUAAAGUUGCUAUAUUUGAUGUUGGGCAACUAAUUGGUCAACCUACUGUUGCGCCUGUGACAGCAGACAAGAGCAAUGUUAAGCCACUAUCUAAAAACAUAGUCCGUUUUGAAAUAGUCCAUCUAGUUUUUAAUCUUGUGAUAGAAAAUUAUCUUGCUGUAGCUGGAUAUGAGGAAUGCCAGGUCCUUACUGUGAAUCCUCGUGGUGAAGUGACUGAUCGUCUUGCAGUUGAACUUGCUCUGCAAGGUGCCUAUAUUCGUCGAGUGGAAUGGGUACCAGGUUCUCAGGUUCAGCUCAUGGUGGUCACCAACAUGUUUGUCAAGAUAUAUGACCUUUCACAGGAUAACAUUAGUCCCAUGCACUACUUCACCCUGUCUAAUGAUUUGAUUGUGGAUGCCACACUUGUUCCAGCUUCGUCGGGGAAAGCCUUUCUCCUUGUUCUAUCAGAAGCUGGGUCUCUAUUCAGGCUAGAAGUAUCAAUGGAAGGUGAUGUGGGGGCCAAAAUAUUAACAGACAUUAUCAGGGUUCAGGACAAGGAUAUUCAGCCCAAAGGCCUUUCAUUGUAUUUUUCUUCAACUUACAAACUGCUUUUCUUGUCAUAUCAAGAUGGCACUACCUUGAUGGGGCGCUUAGAUGCUAAUGCAACAUCUCUUAUUGAGGUAUCUUAUGUGUAUGAAGAUGAUCAAGAUGGUAAAAUUAAGCCAGCUGGGUUGCAUCAUUGGAAAGAAUUGCUUUCUGGUAGUGGGAUUUUUGUUUGCCUCUCAAGUCUUAAAUUAAAUGCUGCACUUGCAGUAUCUAUGGGUCCUCGUGAGUUAUUUGCACAGAAUAUGAGAUAUGGUGCAGGCUCAUCUUUGCCUUUGGUUGGCAUUGCUUCCUAUAAACCUUUGUCCAAAGAUAGAACUCACUGUCUUGUUUUACAUGAUGAUGGAAGCCUUCAGAUUUACUCACAUAUAUCUACGGGAGUUGACACUGCAGCAAAUUCGAGCAUAGACCACAAAAAGAAGUUGGGAUCCAGCAUUUUGAGUAAUAGGGCUUAUGCUGGGUCAAACCCAGAAUUCCCACUUGAUUUUUUUGAAAAAACAAUGUGCAUCACAAGUGAAGUGAAGCUGAGUUGUGAUGCUGUCAAAAAUGGUGAUUCUGAAGGUAUCAAGCAAAGGUUAUCAUCAGAUGAUGGGUUUCUCGAGGGCACUAGUCUUUCAGGAUUUAAGGUAACUGUAUCAAAUUCAAAUCCUGAUAUUGUUAUGGUUGGUUGUCGUAUGCACGUGGGCAAUACAUCAGCAAGCCAUAUUCCUUCUGAGGUUACAAUUUUUCAGAGAGUAGUUAAACUAGAUGAAGGCAUGCGAUCAUGGUAUGACAUUCCUUUUACAAUUGCCGAGUCACUUCUGGCUGAUGAAGAGUUUACAAUCUCUGUGGGCAGAACCUUUGAUGGUUCAACUUUGCCUAGGAUAGACUCUUUGGAAGUUUAUGGUCGUGCUAAGGAUGAAUUUGGUUGGAAAGAGAAAAUGGAUGCUGUGCUGGAUAUGGAAUCCCAUGUCCUUGGUGCGAAUUCUGGUACUGGAGGUGCUGGAAAGAAGUUCCGUGCAAUGCAAGCAGCUCCUAUUCAGGAGCAAGUUUUGGCAGACGCUCUUAAGCUUCUUUCGAGGAUUUAUUCAUUGUGCAGGUCACGUUAUUCUACUGAAGUUGAGGAUGCAAUGAUGGAGCUUAAUAAGCUUAAAUGCAGGGCAUUGCUAGAAAUCAUAUUUCAGAGUGACAGAGAACCUCUGCUUCAGUCUGUUGCAUGUCAUGUUCUUCAGGCAGUGUUCCCGAAGCGGGAGAUCUACUAUAAUGUGAAGGAUACCAUGCGCCUCCUAGGAGUGGUAAAAUCUCUUCCCAUGCUCAUUUCAAGAACAGGAGUUGGAGGUGCUGCAUCUGCGUGGGUGAUCAAGGAGUUCACAGCACAGAUGCAUGCAGUGUCAAAGAUUGCAAUUCAUAGGAGGUCAAACAUGGCCAGCUUUCUGGAAACUCACGGAUCUUGGGUUGUGGAUGGGUUGAUGCAAGUUUUAUGGGGAAUAUUGGACUUGGAGCGACCAGAGACACAGACGAUAAAUAGCAUCGUGAUACCCUCUGUGGAACUGAUUUAUAGUUAUGCUGAAUGUCUGGCUUUACAUGGAGCCGAAGCAUCUGGACGCUCUGUUGCACCUGCUGUUGUAUUACUAAAGAAGCUACUUUUUGCACCAUAUGAGGCAGUACAGACAUCUAGCAGUUUGGCUAUAUCAUCUAGAUUGCUUCAAGUGCCUUUUCCAAAGCAGACAAUGCUAGCCACUGAUGAUGCUGCUGAGAAUCCUAUAACAGCACAUGUUCCUUCCGAUAUGGGUGCAACCAGUGGUAAUGCACAGGUCAUGAUUGAAGAAGAUUCUGCUACAUCAUCAGUACAAUAUUGCUGCGAUGGUUGCUCAACUGUUCCUAUACUUCGCCGCCGAUGGCAUUGCAAUGUAUGCCCGGACUUCGAUUUAUGUGAGGCCUGCUAUGAAGUGCUUGAUGCAGAUAGGCUUCCUCCACCGCAUUCUAGAGAUCACCCUAUGUCAGCAAUUCCUAUUGAAAUUGAUUCCCUUGGAGGUGAUGGCCAUGAAAUUCAUUUCCCUAUGGAUGAGCUGAAUGAUGCAAGCUUAAUGCAGGUUGCUACUGAUAUGAGCCUGCAGAAUUCUCCAUCCUCAAUUCAUGUCUUGGAAGCUACUGAGACUGGAGACUUCCCUGGCUCAGGAACUGACCAAAGGAUAGUUUCAAUCUCUGCAUCAAAGCGUGCGGUGAACUCUUUUCUGCUGCAUCAUUUAAUUGGUGAGCUUAAGGGAUGGAUGGAGACAACAUCUGGUGUUCGAGCUAUUCCUGUUAUGCAGCUCUUUUAUAGACUAUCAUCUGCAGUGGGUGGACCUUUCAUGGAUGGCUCUAAACCUGAAAACUUGGACCUGGAAAAAUUUGUAAAAUGGUUAUUGGAUGAGAUAAACCUGAACAAACCAUUUCCAGCCAAGACCCGUUCUUCUUUUGGAGAAGUUGCAAUCCUUGUCUUCAUGUUCUUUACUUUGAUGCUUCGAAACUGGCACCAUCCUGGCAGUGAUGGUUCUCAGCCAAAAUCAGGUGGCACUGCAGAAAUACAAGACAAAGGUUUUGUUCAAGUUCCGCUAUCAGCUUCAGCGGCUCCAUCCCCCACUGAUGACCUAGAAAAGAAUGAGUUUGCCUCCCAGCAUGUCCGAGCUUGUUCCCUCCUAAGACAACAAGCUUUUCUGAACUAUCUAAUGGACAUAUUGCAACAGCUUGUUCACAUUUUCAAAUCCUCAUCAGCAAGUGUUGAAAGUGGUUUAUCAGCUGGUUCUGGUUGUGGUUCACUUUUGACAGUUAGAAGAGACCUACCUGCUGGAAACUUCUCUCCUUUCUUUUCAGAUUCUUAUGCUAAAGCUCACCGCUCAGAUAUAUUCAUGGAUUACCACAAGCUCUUGUUGGAGAACACUUUCCGGCUGGUGUAUAGUUUGGUUCGCCCAGAAAAGCAGGACAAGUUGUUGGAAAAGGAUAAAACAUACAAGACAUGUGUUGGUAAGGAUCUGAAGCUGGAUGGUUUUCAAGAUGUUCUCUGCAGCUAUAUCAGCAACCCACAGACAACAUUCAUCCGAAGGUAUGCUAGAAGGCUCUUCCUUCAUCUGUGCGGUAGCAAGACUCAUUACUACAGUGUCAGAGAUUCGUGGCAGUUCUCAAGUGAAGUGAAGAAGCUACACAAUCUUGUAAAUAAAUCUGGAGGUUUUCACAAUCCUGUGCCAUAUGAAAAGAGUGUAAAACUUGUAAAGUGCUUGUCUGCAAUUUCUGAAGUGGCUGGAGCCAGACCAAGGAAUUGGCAAAAGUACUGCUUAAAGCACACGGACCUUUUGCCCUUUUUGAUGAAUGGGAUAUUUUACUUUGGUGAAGAAUCUGUAAUUCAGACUCUCAAGCUUUUGAAUUUGGCCUUUUACACUGGAAAAGACAUGGGUCAUUCAACACAAAGACCAGAAGGUGGUGAUGCAGGAGCUUCUAAUAGAAAUGGGCUGCAACCUGCAGAUUCAAAGAAGAAGAGAAAAGGGGAAGAAGGAGAUAGUGGUUCAGAGAAAUCUUGCCUGGAUAUGGAGCAAGCUGUUGAUAUCUUCAGUGACAAGGAUGGCUGUGUUCUAAGGCGUUUUGUCGAUUCUUUCUUAUUGGAAUGGAAUUCAGCAAGUGUGCGCCAUGAAGCUAAGUGUGUACUAUUUGGCAUUUGGCAUCAUGGAAAACAGUCAUUCAAGGAGGCCAUGCUGUCUGCUCUCUUGCAGAAAGUGAAAUCCUUACCUACGCAUGGCCAGAACAUUGUGGAAUAUACUGAGCUCAUGACCUGGCUGUUAGGUAAGAUACCUGAUAGCGGGAUGAAGCAACAUGAGUCAGGGCUUGUGAGCAAAUGCUUGACGCCUGAUGUAAUAACCUGCAUAUUUGAGACUCUUCAUUCACAAAAUGAGCUUUUGGCAAAUCAUCCAAAUUCUCGCAUAUAUAACACUUUAAGUGGUCUUGUAGAAUUUGAUGGUUACUAUCUGGAAAAUGAGCCCUGUGUGACUUGUAGCUGUCCAGAGGUGCCUUACACCAGGAUGAAACUCGAAAGCUUGAAAUCUGAGACAAAGUUUACUGACAACCGCAUAAUAGUAAAAUGCACUGGAAGCUAUACCAUCCAGUCAGUUACAAUGAAUAUUCAUGAUGCUCGUAAAUCAAAAGCAGUAAAAAUUCUGAACUUGUAUUACAACAACAGGCCUGUAGUUGACUUGUCAGAGUUGAAGAAUAAUUGGUCGUUGUGGAAGCGUGCAAAGAGUUGUCAUCUUGCUUUUAACCAGACAGAGCUGAAAGUUGAAUUUGCCAUUCCGAUUACUGCAUGCAAUUUCAUGAUUGAGCUGGAUUCCUUCUAUGAAAAUUUACAAGCUUCUUCUCUUGAGUCGUUGCAGUGCCCCCGGUGUAGCAGGUCCGUUACUGAUAAGCAUGGCAUCUGUAGCAAUUGCCAUGAAAAUGCAUACCAGUGCAGACAGUGUCGAAAUAUUAAUUAUGAAAAUCUGGAUUCUUUUCUAUGCAAUGAGUGUGGAUACAGCAAAUAUGGCCGUUUUGAGUUCAAUUUCAUGGCAAAGCCUAGUUUUUCGUUUGAUAACAUGGAAAAUGAUGAGGAUAUGAAGAAAGGAUUGGCAGCGAUUGAGUCAGAAUCAGAAAAUGCUCAUAGGCGAUAUCAGCAACUGUUAGGAUUCAAGAAGCCUCUGCUUAAACUUGUAUCAAGCAUAGGUGAACACGAAAUUGAUUCACAGCAGAAGGAUACAGUUCAGCAAAUGAUGGUGUCUUUGCCUGGGCCUUCAUUCAAGAUAAAUCGCAAAAUUGCACUUCUUGGUGUGCUGUAUGGUGAGAAAUGUAAAGCAGCUUUUGAGUCUGUCAGUAAAAGUGUCCAGACAUUGCAAGGACUUCGGCGGGUGCUGAUGACUUAUCUGCAUCAAAAAAAUUCUGAUGGCGCAGUGGCUUCAUCAGAAUUUGCCGUUCCAAGAUCACCAAAUAAUUGUUAUGGCUGUGCUACUAUGUUUGUCACACAAUGUUUAGAAUUGUUACAGGUGCUGUCAAAAUAUACACACUGUAAAAAACAACUUGUAGCUGCUGGCAUCUUAUCUGAGUUGUUUGAAAAUAAUAUUCAUCAGGGCCCUAAAACAGCUCGUCUUCAGGCGAGGGCUGUUCUUUGUGCUUUCUCUGAGGGCGAUGCAGAUGCAGUGGCUGAAUUGAAUACAUUAGUACAGAAGAAAGUCAUGUAUUGCCUUGAACACCAUCGUUCCAUGGACAUUGCACUCGCAACACGAGAAGAGCUAUUGUUACUUUCGGAGACAUGUGCUGUGGUCGAUGAGUUGUGGGAAGCCAGGCUACGCGUUGCUUUUCAGCUGUUGUUCUCUUCUAUCAAACUCGGAGCAAAGCACCCAGCCAUUUCAGAGCACAUCAUUCUUCCUUGUUUGAGGAUCAUAUCUCAAGCAUGCACCCCUCCCAGAUCUGAUGCUGCAGAUAAAGAACAAGGUGUUGGAAAAUCUACUUCUGUAUUGCAAUCAAAGAAUGACCAUGGCAUAAAUCCAUCCGUAACUUCAAAUUGCCUUCCAAGUGCUAGUAAAACUCCAACAGAGAUGACAGAAAAGCAUUGGGAUGGUAGUCGGAAGGGUCAGGACAUUCCACUUUUGAGCUAUACUGAGUGGGAAAAGGGCGCGUCAUAUCUUGAUUUUGUUAGAAGGCAGUACAAAGUCUCACAGGCAGUUAAAGGUACUGCACAGAGGGCUCGCCAUGAUUCACAGAAAUUUGACUAUCUGGCACUAAAAUAUGCUCUUAAAUGGAAACGUCGUGCUUGUAGAAAAACAGCUAAGAGUGACUUUUCUACAUUUGCUUUGGGCUCCUGGGUCUCAGAGUUGAUUUUAAGUGCUUGCUCACAGUCUAUAAGAUCAGAAGUAUGCACUCUUAUUAUUUUGCUGUGCCCCCCAAAUUCUUCUAGACGGUUCCAAUUAUUAAACUUACUCAUGUCCCUGCUUCCGGCUUCACUAUCUGUUGGUGAAAGUGCAGCAGAAUAUUUUGAAUUAUUCUUCAAGAUGAUAGAUUCAGAAGCUGCACUUCUUUUCUUAACUGUGCGAGGAUGCCUGACUGCUAUAUGUAGGCUGAUAACACAAGAGGCGUGCAACUUAGAGUCACAAGAGAGAAGCCUCGGUAUCGACAUAUCACAGGGAUUUGUCCUUCAUAAGCUUAUCGAGCUCCUCAGCAAGUUUCUUGAGGUGCCCAAUAUUCGAAUCAGAUUCAUGCGGGAUGAAUUGCUGUCUGAAGUGCUCGAGUCUCUUCUUGUCAUUCGAGGUCUUGUAGUGCAGAAGACAAAACUAAUAAGUGACUGUAAUCGGCUUUUGAAAGAACUUCUAGAUGGUCUUCUGCUGGAGAGCACAGAAAAUAAGCGGCAAUUCAUUCGUGCUUGUAUAUCUGGUCUGCAGAAUCAUGGCAAGGAGAGAAAGGGACGGACCUCUCUGUUUAUUUUGGAACAACUCUGCAAUAUGAUAUGUCCAUCAAAGCCGGAGCCUGUUUAUCUUCUGAUUCUCAACAAGGCACACACUCAGGAAGAGUUUAUCAGGGGUUCCAUGACGAAAAAUCCCUAUUCCAGUAGUGAGAUUGGUCCACUGAUGCGAGAUGUUAAAAAUAAGAUUUGUCAUCAGUUGGACUUGUUAGGUCUUUUAGAAGAUGAUUAUGGCAUGGAGUUACUAGUUGCUGGCAAUAUAAUUUCUCUUGACCUAAGCAUCUCUCAAGUAUACGAGCAAGUAUGGAAGAAAUAUCAUAGUCAAACUCAGAAUUCUGUGUCCACUGCUGGUGCACCAUCUUCUGCCGGUUCGACAUCAAUCAGAGAUUACCCACCAAUGACUGUAACCUACCGACUCCAGGGGUUAGAUGGUGAAGCUACUGAGCCAAUGAUCAAGGAGCUGGAAGAGGAAAGGGAGGAAUCACAAGAUCCUGAAGUCGAGUUUGCAAUAGCGGGCGCUGUCCGGGAAUGUGGAGGUCUUGAAGUUAUUUUAAGCAUGAUUCAGCGAUUACGUGAUGAUGAGCUGAAGUCAAACCAAGAAGAGUUGGGCUCGGUACUUAACCUUCUCAUGUAUUGCUGCAAGAUACGAGAGAAUAGACGAGCCUUACUACAAUUAGGAGCUUUAGGGCUGCUGCUUGAGACAGCAAGACGUGCCUUCACAAUAGAUGCCAUGGAACCAGCUGAAGGCAUUCUUUUGAUUGUUGAAAGCCUUACUAUGGAAGCUAAUGAGAGUGACAUUGGCAUUACUCAAAGUGUACUCACAAUUUCUAGUGAAGAAAGUGGUGCUGGUGGACAGGCUAAGAAGAUAGUUCUCAUGUUCCUAGAAAGGCUAUGCCAUCCCUUAGGUGCCAAGAAGUCAAAUAAGCAGCAGCGGAAUAAUGAGAUGGUGGCAAGGAUAUUGCCAUACUUGACUUACGGGGAACCAGCAGCUAUGGAAGCACUUAUUCAGCAUUUUGAACCUUACUUGCAAGACUGGGGUGAAUUCGAUCAACUUCAAAAACAGCAUCAGGAUAAUCCCAAGAAUGAAAUCGUGGCUCAACAAGCAGAUAAGCAAAGAUCUGCUUUGGAGAAUUUUGUUCGAGUAUCAGAGUCACUAAAGACAAGUUCAUGUGGGGAGAGGCUGAAGGAUAUGAUUCUUGAUAGGGGAAUCACCAAGGCUGCAGUGAGGCACCUGAGAGAGAGUUUCUCGGUUGCUGGGCAGGCUGGGUUCAAGUCAAGUGCAGAAUGGGCAACUGGUUUAAAACUACCAUCAGUUCCAUUGAUCUUGUCGAUGCUGAGGGGACUUUCAAAGGGCCAUUUGCCUAUACAAACAUGCAUUGAUGAGGAAGGAAUCUUACCCCUUCUUCAUGCUUUGGAGGGUGUGUCAGGAGAAAAUGAGAUAGGUGCAAGAGCAGAGAACCUGUUGGACACACUGGCUGACAAGGAGAGUAAUGGGGAUGGUUUCCUUGGGGAGAAAAUAUCCAAGUUGCGACAUGCUACUAGGGAUGAGAUGCGCCGUCGUGCUCUGAGGAAAAGAGAAGAGUUACUGCAGGGUCUUGGAAUGCGACAAGAAUUUGCUUCAGAUGGUGGUGAGCGUAUUGUUGUUGCCCAACCUGCCAUUGAAGGUUUGGAAGAUGUAGAAGAAGAGGAAGAUGGGCUGGCUUGCAUGGUAUGCCGAGAGGGGUAUACUCUGAGGCCCAAUGACAUGUUAGGUGUCUACUCUUAUAGCAAGCGGGUGAAUCUAGGUCCAACAAAUUCAGGAAGUGUCCGCGGGGACUGUGUUUACACAACUGUCAGUCAUUUUAACAUCAUACAUUUCCAGUGCCAUCAGGAGGCCAAACGAGCAGAUGCUGCACUGAAAAAUCCCAAAAAGGAAUGGGAAGGAGCUACAUUGAGGAAUAAUGAAACCUUGUGUAAUUGCAUCUUCCCCUUGAGGGGCCCAUCUGUUCCUCUUGCACAAUACGUUCGCUGUGUCGAUCAGUACUGGGACAACCUGAAUGCCCUUGGUCGUGCUGACGGCAGCCGACUCCGACUACUGACUUAUGACAUUGUCUUGAUGUUAGCUCGGUUUGCAACGCGUGCUUCUUUCAGCACAGACUGCAAAGGUGGGGGGAGGGAGAGCAACUUCCGCUUCCUCCCUUUCAUGAUCCAGAUGGCUUCUUUCCUACUCGACCAAGGAAGCCCGAACCAACAGCAGCGCCGAGCCAUGGCAAAGUCAGUAGCUGCAUACUUAUCUAAUGCUUCUCCCGCUUAUGAUUCUCCCAGUAGGCUUUCAUCCUCUCUUCCCGGGGCUCGUUCUGCUGGCUCUGAGGAGACUGUCCAGUUCAUGAUGGUUAAUUCUCUCCUCUCCGAGUCAUAUGAGGACUGGUUGCAGCACCGCCCUACUUUCUUGCAGAGGGGCAUAUACCAUGCCUUUAUGCAGCACAAGCAUGGCCGGUCGACCCUCCGAUUGUCCUCAGAAUCAUCUGCUAGUGCUGUCAAAUCAGAUGAAGGAUCCUCGACAGAUCUUAAUGACAACAAGAAACUCUUCGCCAUCGUCCAGCCAAUGCUUGUUUACACUGGUUUGAUUGAGCAGCUGCAGCGAUUUUUCAAGGUAAACAAGGCAUCGAGUGGGGCAAGUUCAAAGGGGUCAUCAGGAGGAGAUGAAGGGGGCAGCGGGAGUGGUUUGGAGAGGUGGGAGAUUGUGAUGAAGGAGAGGCUGGUGAACAUGAAGGAAAUGGUGGGAUUCUCGAAGGAGAUGCUCUCAUGGCUUGAGGACAUGACUUCAGCUGCCGAUCUGCAGGAGGCAUUCGAUGUUAUGGGGGUGUUGGGAGAUGCCCUGUCAGGCGGGUUUUCCCGGUGCGAGGACUUUGUUCAUGCAGCAGUUCUUGCUGGGAAAAGCUGAGGAUGGACGAUGGUGAUGCAAUGUUCGAAAUCAUUAUCCUCUGUUGCCUGAUGAUGCUCAUAUGCUGUGAAGGCAUGAACAGAUGCCUUGUAACAUGUGCUGAAUGAAAAUCUUUUGAUCGCUAGUAAAAUCUCUUUUCCUUUUCA